AUGCAAGCAGUUCUACGGACAAAAGGGCUUCUCUCUCUACCUUCAAACCCCAAACCCAGGGGUUUCAACCCACCACCACAGGGGCUCAGCCAUAGAUUCAGUCCCUUAAAUCCCUUAAAACCCAAAAAUCUUUCUGGGUUUUCAUUAUCUCUCGAUGGUUGCCAAAAAUUCCAUGGCUUUGUCACCAAACCUCAUGUCAUUGGGCAAAAGAACAGGACUUUUCAUAUAUGCAAGGCUAAGGCUGCAGCAGCAGCUGAUGGACAGCCUGUAUUUGGAGAAAUUGAGUCACCCAAGUUCAUGGGCAUUGAAAUUACAACCCUCAAGAAGAUUAUACCACUUGGGUUGAUGUUCUUUUGUAUACUCUUCAAUUACACAAUUCUUAGAGACACCAAAGAUGUAUUGGUUGUUACAGCUAAAGGGUCAAGUGCUGAGAUUAUACCCUUCUUGAAAACUUGGGUCAAUUUGCCUAUGGCUAUUGGGUUUAUGCUGCUGUAUACAAAAUUGGCUAAUGUGUUGUCAAAGCAGGCUCUUUUCUAUACUGUUAUUGUACCCUUUAUUGGCUUUUUUGGGGCAUUUGGUUUUGUUUUGUAUCCUCUCAGCAAUUAUUUCCACCCCACGGCUCUUGCUGAUAAGCUUCUAGCCAUGCUUGGUCCUAGAUUCCUUGGCCCGCUUGCAAUCAUGAGGAUCUGGAGUUUCUGUUUGUUCUAUGUCAUGGCUGAGCUUUGGGGUAGCGUGGUUGUAUCAGUGCUAUUUUGGGGACUUGCUAAUCAGAUAACUACAGUUGAGGAAGCCAAAAGAUUCUAUCCUCUGUUUGGACUUGGAGCUAAUGUUGCCCUCAUUUUCUCUGGUCGUACUGUAAAGUACUUUUCUAAUAUGAGGAAAAAUUUGGGUCCUGUGAAGAAGAAGAAGGAAAAACCAAAAAUGGGGACAAUGGAGAGCUUGAAAUUCUUGGUGUCUAAAAGAUACAUCAGGGAUCUUGCCACUUUGGUGGUAGCAUAUGGUAUUAGCAUCAACCUUGUUGAGGUUACAUGGAAAUCGAAGCUCAAAGCUCAGUUUCCAAGCCCAAAUGAGUACUCUUCCUUCAUGGGUGACUUCUCGACGGCUACUGGAAUAGCAACUUUCACAAUGAUGUUGCUAAGCCAAUGGAUUUUUGACAAAUAUGGGUGGGGAACGGCAGCCAAAAUUACACCCACAGUCCUACUGCUCACAGGAGUGGGUUUCUUCUCUCUAAUUUUGUUUGGUGAUCCGCUUGCACCUGUUCUCACAAAGUUUGGGAUGACUCCACUUUUAGCAGCUGUAUAUGUGGGUGCAAUGCAAAAUAUCUUCAGCAAGAGUGCCAAGUACAGUUUGUUUGAUCCUUGCAAGGAAAUGGCUUAUAUUCCUUUGGAUGAGGACACCAAGGUUAAAGGGAAGGCUGCUAUUGAUGUUGUCUGCAACCCGUUGGGGAAGUCUGGAGGCGCUUUAAUUCAGCAGUUUAUGAUCCUAACUUUUGGGUCACUCGCAAACUCAACUCCAUACCUUGGAGGUGUACUUCUUGUGAUUGUUCUUGCAUGGUUAGGGGCUGCCAGGUCUUUGGAUACCCAGUUCACUGCAUUGCGGCGAGAGGAAGAGAUUGAGAAGGAGAUGGAAAUAGCAGCUGUGAAAAUCCCAGUCGUGGCUGAAAACGAAAAUGGAAAUGGAUCACUUGUAGGUGGCUCAGCCCUGAAUCCAACUGGGGGUGAUUCAACCACCACUUCAUCCGAAACUUCAUCUCCUCGCAAUGCAUGA